UCUGAAUAGGGUUGAUUUUACAUUGUGCCAUUCUUGAAACAAAAUUGAGAAAUAUCACUAGGAACAACACAAUUUAUCGACUCAACGGAUGGCUUCGAUCGAAUCUUAUUUUGACAAUGGGAAAGAAGGUGGCAGGUUGUGUUCCUGUGAGAAAAGGAGAAAACGGAGAGUGGCAAGUUUUACUUGUUCAAUCAAGGUUCAAGCCAGAUAUAUGGCUAUUUCCAAAGGGUGGUAUUGAGAAAAGAGAAAAGAAUUGGGACGCAGCUUUACGUGAGACAGUGGAAGAAGCAGGAGUUUGUGGAAGGAUUCUUUGCAAACUGGGCAAGUGGAAAGGUAGUAACGAGCAAAAGUUGAUCAUGUACUUGUUAUUAGUAGAACAAGAACUUCCAAAGAGUGACUCCAGAUGGAAAGAGAGAAACGAACGUCCUCGAACUUGGUUGUCUUUUGAUCAAGCCGAAAAGACCAUUUUACAAGUGGAUACUUCUAUUCGAAGACCUGAACUUUUAGAAAUGCUUUUAUUAGCCAAAGCAAGAAUAUUAACACUUAUGGACAAUAGUCCAGAGUCAUAUUCCUCUGAUUCUUCUCCAGAAGAAGAUGAAAAUGAUAAGGAAGUUUAUCAGCAAUGAUUUUAAUACGUUGUGUCUAUGAACAC